GUUUCAACCCGAGAGGGAGGGAAAGAAAAGAAGGCGAAGAGAACUGGCGCCUACGGUGGCCGAAGAGGGACGCAACGAGCCGGAGGCUGCAGGAUGAUGCGAUUUAUGCUGCUGUUCAGCCGGCAGGGGAAACUGCGGCUGCAGAAGUGGUACCUGGCCACGUCGGACAAGGAGCGGAAGAAGAUGGUUCGGGAACUCAUGCAGGUUGUUCUAGCUCGCAAGCCCAAGAUGUGCAGCUUCCUGGAGUGGAGGGACCUGAAAGUCGUCUAUAAGAGAUACGCCAGCCUCUACUUCUGCUGUGCCAUCGAGGGCCAGGACAAUGAGCUCAUCACCCUGGAGCUAAUCCACCGAUAUGUGGAACUCUUGGACAAGUACUUUGGCAGUGUGUGUGAGCUAGACAUCAUCUUCAACUUCGAGAAGGCCUACUUCAUCUUGGAUGAGUUUCUGAUGGGUGGUGAUGUCCAGGACACCUCCAAGAAGAGUGUCCUGAAGGCUAUUGAGCAGGCCGACCUGCUGCAGGAGGAGGACGAGUCCCCACGCAGUGUGCUGGAGGAGAUGGGUCUGGCCUAGC